GCCAGCCGUUAGUGUUUUGGUCUUUGACAUUUAGUUCAUUUGGUAUAAUCUUCAGGUUGACUUCUGGGAAGCUCAAGAUUCAGGUUAAAUGACCAACAGAGAAAUUAAGUCUAUACAACAGCUCAACUGGAGAGUGAGAACGUCACGUGGUACUUGAUUACGUCACGGACUGUUCUGUGUCUACAUCUCAAAUACAGUUUCUACGUCACAGAGAGCGUCCGAGUGUCCGGCGUGUCAAUGUUACCGAUGACGCUGUGUCAACGUUAUGUGUAAUCUGGUGCUAAACAUUGUCAGUCUGAGAUUUUUAUCAUGGAAGAAACAACUGGCACUUCUGCUCGCCGCUGUGGUCUACGUCUGCCUGACGACACUCCAGAUACACGUGACCUUUCACACACGUGCAGGUAACCUGCAGGCUUUGACUGUGUCGAGUAAACACUACCACGUCAAAGUGUCAGGGACGACAACAACAACAGGUUUGUAUUGGUCCAACGGAAAGGAAACAUCUCCCAGAAAACAACAACAGUCCGCCAUAAAGGUCAUCGUGCUGAGCUACAUGCGCAGUGGCUCCACCUUGUGUGGGGACGUGCUGCAGGUCCACCCUGACGUGUUCUACGUGUACGAGCCCCUGCUCUACCUCUGGGACCAUUACGUUCCACUCAAACGGUCCAGGGAUGUCGACAUCAGGAACCGAACGAAGAAACACUGGCGCAGCACGAAACGUUACAUUCCCAAACCUGUGGACUUCAUCCGCUACAUGUUCACCUGCAACCUGACCAGGUACAACAUGGACUUCUUGACCAACGUGGCACACAGUGAGGACUUCAGGACUGUCGGCUGCAUCAGGACCAAGCGCAAUACGAAUAUCGUCAACGUGACGGACAACUGCGUCAGCGUCAUACGCCAGCGGUGCCUUAAUUCCAGAGCCAUCGUACAGAAGGUCGUCAGGCUAACCAUGGCCGAGGCAGACGUGUAUCUGGAGCAGGAUCCAGCGGUGAGGAUCAUCCAUCUUAUCCGCGAUCCACGCGGAAUUCUGCUGUCGCGCAUGCACUACAACAGUAAGAUGUCUGGGGAGAUGCACAACAACUACACGUUCUUCUGUCAGCGGAUAAGGGAGGACAUCAGGAUCUCAAGGGAGAUAACACACAAACACUGGGGUAAAAUCCUGACGGUGCGCUACGAAGACCUGGCCCAAACACCUCUGGACCUGACCACGACCAUGUACAACUUCGUUGGUCUGGAGAUGUCCCCGUCCAUCGCCGACUAUGUGAAGACCAUCAUGAGCCACGAUCUUUUAAACAAAACCGGUAAAACAGCAACCCGGAAGACGUCGAGGAAAAAUCCAAUGCAAACAGCCUACAGAUGGAGACAGGAGCUGCCCUUCUCUGUGGUCAAGCAGAUAGACCACGAGUGUGAGGACGUGCUCAGGAGCAUGGGCUAUGUGAGCUUUCGGACAGAACAACAGCUGAGAGAUUUAAACAUUCCAGCCAAAGUGCAGGACUAUGCAUACGGUUUGUUGACUGCAUGAUGUAACCUCUCAACAUUACUGACAUGGCCUGAUACUUUUCACGAGGCCGACAACCCUUGAAAACUUUAACCAGGGCAACAACCUUUGGCACUUUUCACAAUGUGGUGUUGAGAUGGCUUCAUUCAGACGUCAACAAAAUCAUAUCUCAAGACUCAGUCUACGAAAAGAAAUUAAAUAAAUCAAGAGAAAUGACAACCCACUUAGCUUGCUGAUAACUUAUAUAUAGUAACUCUUUCUAUCUGGCAUGCUAGUAUUGGACUUUUCUGAGUCAAAUUGCUUUUAAUAUAAAUGUUUGGUACAGUAAACAUCCCAUAGAUUAGGCUGUGGAGUAUUGAGAAUCUGUCAAUAGAAUGUUGGUAUUAACCCUUAAAUCUAUACUUGUAUUCCUACAGUAGAUAUUGGAAGAGUUUUAUCUUUCAGAACAUCAGAUCCUUUUGUUUAGAUUUUGUAAAGGCACUGUGUUAGUGACCUAUCUUGUUGACCAUAGGCAUCAUGUACAUACUGUAUUGAGAAUGAUUUUCCAUGUAUAAUGUUGACAUUUAAUUGAUUAUUUAUUUUAAAUACAUAAAAUAAAACUUAAUUUAUACUUGAUGUGUUGCAUGCUUUAAAUUAAAAUUGUGUUCUCAGUUUUUAAAAAUAUUUACUGUAUUAUGAAUUCCAUUUUCUUUUUUGAUUUCUAAAUUAGAAAUCAAAUGUGUUUGUA